AUGGCUGCAGUGCAUGUCCGAUCCAAGCUGAUGGCUCGUGAUCAGUUAUUAAAUAAAAGCUCUUUAAUUGACACAGCUUCAUCAGCCUCAAUAGAAAGAAAUGAAGUAGAGCAACCAAUCUCUUCCAUCAACCUUCCAGUCGGAGCGGAAAUUGGUAUUGGUCUUAUCAUCGGCAUUGUUACUUGCACGUUAGUGCUUGCCAUUUUACUACUAAUCAGCUGCAUCAGAAAGAAUCAAGUUCAACGUCUUACAGCAAAGGAUCAACCAGUACCCUUUGUGCAUGAGGAGGAUAAUCCUCUAGCACGCCGUCUAUCAUCGAUGCAGGACUUGGAGAUAUAUCAGAAGACACCGGAUGAAGAGCGCUCGUACGUUACUUCACAACAUCGGUGGACCAGCCCCGAUGAUGUCGCACUUAGAUAUGAGCCUCGUGAGCAGCACGGGGGACAGAGAGAUAGUUUCGAUGAAAUACAACCGCGAAGUCACGAAGAACCCGUUGAUAGACAAAAUAAAUAG